AUGAACGGGCAUAAAUCAAAGGACGGGUCCGAAUCGACACUCACCAAUGGUGAAAACCUCAAUGAUGUCGGGAAUGCCACUGACCAAGCGCUUUGGGACGCGACUACUGUUGACCCUGUCUUGGCGAAGAAGAUGGCUUUGGUCAAUCAGGCCAUGGAUCAGAUCGGCAUGACUGGCUGGCACUGGAAACUAUUCUUCCUAAAUGGAUUUGGGUACUUUGUCGACUCACUUCUCGUGGUCUGUCAAUCUAUUGCCAUGCCUGCUGUGACGCAAGAGUACGGCAGUCCAGACGAAAAGCUAAAAGGCAUUGCUUUGGCAUCCCAAAUUGGACUUCUGGUCGGCGCCGCAGUCUGGGGCUUCUCAGCAGACGUGAUUGGGAGGCGACUGGCGUUCAACUCAAGCCUCUUCAUCUGCGCAGUGUUUGUUCUUAUUGCGGGAGGAAUGCCAGACUACAUCUCAUUUGCAGCAAUGGUGGCUAUCUACUCCGCCGCUGCUGGUGGUGGCUACAUCAUUGAUGCGACGAACCUCUUCGAGUUUCUCCCGCGAUCGCAUGCCUGGCUCGUCACUUUCAUGGGUAUCUGGGUGCCUCUGGGAUAUGGAGUGACCGGCUUGUUUGCUUGGGCGUACAUGAGUAACUUCAGCUGUGAGUCAACAGUACCUAUCGGGGGAUGUCCACGAUCGGAGAAUUGGGGAUGGCGAUACCUGCAUUUUACAGCUGGAGGUCUUGUUCUGGCGCUCUCCGUCAUAAGAGUGUUCCUCAUCAAAAUGGUUCACACCCCGCGAUGGCUUGUAAGUCAGAAUAGAGACGAUGAGGUAUAUCAUCAGCUCAUCCAGGUCUCGGAGAAGUACAAUCGACCUUUCGAUCUCGAGCUGGACACGUUGCGAAGCCAAGGCCGUGUUCUGCAUACAGAAAAGUCAGCUUGGUCCAGUCUUCGUCUCUACAGACACUUCUCCGGACUCUUCGAAACUCGUGCCCUGGCCUACUCGACUGCGAUCAUCAUCGCCAACUGGUUUGUCAUAGGCACUGUUGGCCCACUCUACCAAGCAUUCCUCCCAUACUAUCUGGCUUCACGAGGCGCAAAAGUUGGUGAUGGGUCCAACUAUACGACGUGGCGCAACUAUGCCAUAAAUCAAGCUGUCGGCCUCAUCGGUCCUGUCAUCGCAGGUGUCCUCGUUGAGGUGCCUAAGCUUGGACGGCGAGGAACCCUUGCUGUCGGAGCGGCUUGCACAACUGCUCUGCAAUUUGCAUAUACCCAGAUCAAGACUCCUGCCCAGAAUAUUGGUGUCAGCUCUGCCAUCGCUGCCUCUUCGAAUAUCUACUGGGCUGUGAUCUACCACUAUACGCCUGAGAUACUGCCGUCAGCGCACCGAGCGACUGGAUAUGGUGUCUGCACGGUGAUGAACCGCAUUGGCGGGAUCAUAGGCGUGCUCGUCGGCAGCUAUGCAGAUGUCGAGACAACUGCGCCGCUAUUUGUUUGCGCUAGUCUUUUCGCAUUGCUAAUUGUGCUCAGUCUGAUGCUACCGUUCGAGACACAUGGCAAGAGAAGUCUAUAG